CCGCCCAGAAUAGACGCAGCACGUGCGUCGGCCGCGGCACAAGUCGCGCCGCACCUCGUUCCGCCGCACGUUACGCCGCCCGUUUCGUGCCGUAACCACUCCGACGUAUAUCGCGACCGGUCUUCACACAAAUCAACCCUCCAUCCAACCCAACUUUAUAGAUCCAAAAACUUCUAACGUAAACUCGUACCCAAGCGUCUAGCCUUGUACCACCUUUGUCACUGGCGGACUGUUUAUUCCAAAGUUGUAAACUAUUAAUAACUCGUGAGGUUAAAGUAUUCGUCGACUGUUUACUCACUGUGUGCUUUGCUAUCGUAGUGGCCUUGUUCGUUAUCUCAUACCGCUCCGAGCUCUUGUUACUCUUUUGUCAAAAUUUACGUGUAUUUGCCUCUAAUAAAGUUUAUACGUUGUUAUGUUUGACUAGUGGAAUAGAUGUGUGAUAUUUAAAUAAGUGAUGAAAAUAGCCUUAUAGGAAAAAAUAUAACAGUAACAAUGUGCCUUAUAGCUUAUGUUUGAGUUGUUGCUUCGUGCAACUAUUUAAAUACAGAGUGUGAAUUGCCGGGAGAGUCUUCAAGCUAUGCAGUGCUUCAAAUUGGCGGUGCUGCUGUCAUUCUUGCUGCCGGAACCAGUACCUGCUAAAAAUCACGACGUUUUAGUCAAAAGAUGGUCUGUGAAGCUAGGUGAUCAGCUGUGGGAUCUCAACUCGGCGCUCACAAGACCCGAGGAACUUAAACAGAAAUACAAUAAAAUGAACGCAGGAGUAAAGAAGAAAAAUGGAGGAUCGAUAUUGGAAUCUUCGCUACGUUCCGUGAGCACGAUGCUUAACAGAAAAAUCAAUGCUGUCAAGUGUAUUCAUGCAACUGCUGAGAAAUUAGCGAAAGAAUUCAAUUACACAAAUUUUGAUGAUGCUAAAUUUCGAGACCACCUCGAAUUCGAAUACUGCGAUGCAAAAUAUUCCGAAUUUAGUUCUCUGGAAGAAGAACCCGGUGAAGAGCCUCUGCAAAUCCCUGAUGAUAUACCAGAGAAAGAAAAAAACAAGAAACAUUACUCAAAUGUAACUUUAGAAAGAGAUUCUCAUUUUUACGACAUCAGGGUGAACACUAAUAUAAGUUGUGUACAUGUGCCUACAAAUAUAUAUUUUAAAGAAGAAAAAGCCUUGCCAGCAAUAUUGUGGUCAGAAAAACUUAAUGAAGUAUUUACAAGAAACUAUAAGUCGGAUCCCUCUUUAUCAUGGCAAUAUUUUGGAAGCUCACAUGGAAUCAUGAGGUUCUACCCAGGCAUGCAAUGGAAUGUGCAGAAAGGUUACGUAGAUACCUACGAUUGUAGGGUUAAAUCUUGGUACAUAGAGGCGGCUACGUGUUCUAAGGAUGCUGUAAUUUUAUUUGAUCUCUCAGGAUCUAUGACUGGAUUCAAAAAUUACGUCGCAAGAAGAACGCUGGCAUCAAUUUUAUCUACGCUGUCUAAUAACGAUUACGUAAACGUGUUAUAUUUUAAAAAAGAAACCGGUUUAGUGGUUAAUUGUUUCAAAGGACUCGUACAAGCAACUCCAGAAAAUAUAAAAACUCUUAGUGAUGCUCUAGAACCUAAAGAGAUAAAUAAAGUCAAAGUUCAUAAGAAAGGUUUAGAGUUAGAUGGCAACGCUAAUUUAGUAGAAGCGUAUACACAAGCGUUUGAACUACUCAGAGAGAGGCGGCAAAAGACGAAUUGCACGGUGAACAGUGAGCAGGGAUGCAAUCAGCAAGUGAUGUUGAUAACUGACUAUGUUCCGGGUAAUCUAACUGAAGUUUUCGAGGAGCACAACCGUGAGACUAUCGAUAACAAGACCUAUAUUCCUGUAAGAGUAUUUACUUAUCUCAUCGGCAAAGAAGUUACUAACAUCAGGGAGAUUCAAUGGAUGGCAUGUUUAAACAGAGGUUUCUUCGUGCACAUACACUCGGUGGAGGAAGUGCAGCAGCAGGUGCUCAAGUACAUUAACGUCAUCGCCCGUCCCAUGAUCCUCGACGGGUCCGAGCCGCCACCCACGUGGACCCACGCCAAUAUCGACGAUACCAGAACCAAGAGAUGGAAUGUCAGUAAAGAUGUUAAUAAGCAUGACGAGGAUAAGCUGGUUGCGUCCGUGGCAAUACCAGCAUUUGACUAUAAGUACAACGAAGAACAUGGAGAUGCCGUGCUCCUAGGCGUAGCUGGAACUGAUGUGCCAUUGGAGAGCAUUGCUAAGCUUGCCCAACCUCAUCAGCUAGGAGUAAAUGGUUAUUCAUUUAUCGUGAGCAAUAAUGGGUAUUUGUUACUGCACCCGUACUUAAUAGCUACAAUAAACGACCAACUUCAAGAGAAUUACAAUAGUGUAGAUUUCGUAGAAGUAGAACAAGUAGAUGACAACUUGAACAGCCGCCAGCUUGGUGACGAUAUUAUAAACCUCAGACAAUCGUUGGUGGAUGGACGAGAUGGCAGUAGGACAAAAAUUCCUGUACUGUUUCAUUACGAUAACAUGAGGAGAAUAUCACGAGUUGCACACAACUACUUUUUCAAAGAAUUACAAGGUACCCCAUUCUCCAUGGGAAUUUCUCUGCCAGAUGAAUAUGGUGACACCGAACUUCAGCUGAAAACGUUAGAAGCUGUGGUUGGAAAAGACACAGGCAUCAACGUCACGGACUACUUUCGGUUUAACUAUAGAGUCCAUCCAGAUUGGGUUUACUGUAAGUACCACUACUUGGAAGGUCACGAAACAGAAAAUCCUGAAAUGGAGAUUUGGACUUUCUUAGUCGGCCUUUCUAAAAAUGAAGUCGAUGUUAAAAAGAAACAAUACACUGAGCAACAGAACGAGCAGACAAGCAAGUUCAAUAUUGAAACGCACUGUGGAAACGCUACACAGCUGGAUAAAGAUGAUUAUUACUGUAAUGAAGAUUUAGUGCAUCAAUUAGUAUUUGAUGCUAAAUUAUCGACACCUUACUUCAAGACUUGGAAUGCAAGCGAUAAAGAGAAAAAAAUGGCAGGCGACUACAAUGUUAGUGUGAGAUUCAUAGCAACAGCCGGUGGGCUCACGAGGUGGGACUAUAUCGAAGAUACACACAAGAAUGAACUGGUUAAUGAUACUGGGUGGAGGAAUAAGGAAUAUGAAGGGAAUGUAUUUGGUGACGACUAUUUCAACGCCAUUGAAGAAACUUGGUACAAAGCAGCUGUGCUACAGCGAAUGGCAACUCAGGGCAAAGAAUCGCUGGUUAUAGCGACCCCGUUACCAAUACUUGACAAGAUAAUAAAACACAAACCGAAGGUACAAAACGACGACGGUGAUAUCACAGUUACUGCAAGUUAUGCUAUUUUCUACAAAGAUCUCAAUAUUUCUACUCCAGCAUCGGUUGUGGGCUUCCAAUUUUCUUAUAAAAAUUUUGUCAAGCAAUUUAAGAUAUUGGUUUGCCAUGAUGAGGUGGAUCCUGGUGAAUACGGUUAUUAUUUAAUAGAUAGCUCAGGUUACGUGGUGCUCUAUACGGAUUGCAGUAAUGAUGAAUCGAGUGACGAAGUUGAUCGAGUGGGUCAGUUCUUCGGCGUCAUUGAGAACAACGGCUAUGUAAUGCAAUGCUUCCUAGAUGCAACUGUUUUCCAAAAUGUGAAUGUGUACAACUAUCAAGCAUUGUGUCCAAUUAGCAUGUUAGAAACAAAAAGUGCUUGGUCACUACAAACGCCGUUCCACAUGGUGGGGAAUUUCCUACGUUGGUUGUUUACGGAAAUAGUAUUCCUUGUAUUCAACUGGAAUGAUUAUGCGUAUACUUAUGCGCCCACUGACUAUGAUGACAUCACGACGGUGCCACCGGCAUUCUUUGAUGAGACCGAAAAUGGAUCAGCACCAGGCGACAUUAAUACAGAACCGUCAGAAAAUGAAGACCCAGAAGGAGAAUUUUCUUGCGAUCAUUCAAUUACAUUGUACAUACUGGAGCAACUCUAUUUCCUGACCAAUACCGGUGUGCCACGAACCAUUGAUCGUGAGCACGAGAACUGUUCAGUCCGUUGUACGCCAAAGUUUUGGGCGUCGUAUGUGGCCCAGACAAAUUUGCUGUUGGUGAUGGUUGAGAAAGAUGGUGGAAAUUAUGAAGGAUGUGAAAUAGCUCCAUCAACCCAACCAAUUCCUACUGAGAGCUCCACGAAUAGUUCAGAGCCUUGCCAUAAGCUUGAUUUGGGCGCGCUAGAACGGCGAAGACUAGAGGGCUGUUUCACUUAUAAUGAAAAGGAAAAAGAUAUAAAAGAAUGUGGUAUCGCCAGCACGACGCAAGUCAAUGUACUACUGUUCCUUAGCGCAACAAUAAUGACAUUGAUCGCAGCAAUAUUGUCUUGAUAAUUUAUUUAUACAAAUAUAAGAUACUUAUUUUAAAUCAACUAACCAUCCACUAGAUUUUUACCUUUGUUACUUCC